ACUGCAGAUGAAGUCAUGCAAGUUAUUUCAUAACUUCAAAGCAUCAGCUGUUUUCAGUGGAUGCCUUUUUUUUUUUUUUUUUUUACAGGAUGAAGAAAAAACGAAAGAGAUCAGUCUCUUCCUCUUCUUCUUCUUCCUCCACUUCCUCCAAGAGCUCCUCUUCUUCUUCAUUGUCUUCCUCCUCACGCAGGAAGUCCAAGAAGAAGAAAAAGAAAAGGAGGCGAUCUGAGCGAGGUAGUAAGCGCCAUCGCAGGAUCUCCUCAAGCAGGAAGAGUGAAGAGGGUAAGAGUGAGAAAGACAGAAAGGAGAAAGUGGAGGACGAGCUGGAGUGGUAUCCCGCUCCUCCCAACACCUCCGCCACCUUUCUCAACCAGAAGGGAGGCCCGAGGUUUGGAGAGAGGGAUGAGGAGGAGGUAGUGGAAAAGGAUGCUGAAGAAAGACGAAUCAGUCAGCUUUAUUCUUUGUCAGCAGCUUCAGAAGACGAAGAGUCUGACUCCUCAUGCAGAGAGAAGAAAAGAAGGGAAAGGGAAGAGAGCAGGACAAGAGGAAGGAAAAACAGUCAGAGUAGAAGCCUGGAAAGAGAGGAGAGAGGGAGCAGGAGUAGAGAAAGGAGGGAUAGGAGCAGGGAGAGAGGGAAGGAGGAUAAUAGGAAAGACAGGAGAGGCAGUGAGUCCAGGAGGAGAAGCAGCUUAGACGAGAACAGAAAGAGAAAGGUGUCCUGCUCUUCUGCCGAAUCUGACUAUUCACGAAAAUCCAGUUCCAGAUCUGAAUAUUUGGGGAACUCGGGUUCUGCGUACAAACAUUUGGAGAGCAGAAUGAGACAUGACUCUUCCAGAAGGAACUCCUUGGAUGGUGUUAGGUGUGAAAACAGAGGGCGGGGAGACAUUCGGGAGGUAGAGGAGGCAAAGAGAGAGAAGGACAGCAGAAAGGGGAGAGAGGACGAGAGCAACAGGUCAGAUGGAGGAAACAGCAGAAAAUCAGAAGGGGCUGGAAAUAAUAAUAACAAACAGAAUAGUUUGACCCCAGUACCUGGUGGAGGGCCUAAAAAAGAUCUCCCUUCCAACCUGCUAGAUAUUUUCAAUCAGAUUGCCCAGUUUGAGAAGGAGAAAGGAGUCAGGCCAAAAUAACAACUCCAAACCAAAAGUCCAGAAGACUGUGAAAUGGAUGUUUGUAUCAUGAAUUCAUUCAUUCUGGACUGUGCAUCAAGCAAACACUGCUGAAGGAAUGGCCAAAUGUGUUGUUGAUUGAAUGUCCCCAGUUGUUGUCAGUUACUUUAGAUUUAGUGAAAACAUCCAAGUCAUUUUAUUUGAAAUGGCUUUGUCCUUAUGGUGGAUUUAAGGCCUGUGAGAACCUGUUGUGGUCAGAAUGUGCACCUGAAUAGCUUGAUACUGUAGUUUAAUACUUAACUCUAACUGGUUGCUGUAAGCCAAGUAAAGAGAGGGACAUUUUCCACUUACUGAAGUCAAUAUUAUUUGCCAUCUGUGAUCAUUUCCCCAUUUAGAGGUUAAUGUUUGUGUACAUUUUGAGAUUAUAUUACGUUACUCAGCACAUCUGAUGUCACAUCAGUUGCCACAGGCUUUAAUAUCUCAUUGUGUGUUCAUCUUAAGUUGAGACUUUUAUCUGUUAAAGGAGAUACUGCCUUAUGUUUACUGCCUUGUGCCAUUUUGUGCAUUCUCUCUGUGGCUUGUUAAACAACCCGACUGUUAGUACUGCAGUACUUUUUCAAGCUUUUCACAAUGCAGAUGUUCCAGUUGUGUCCCAACACUUUUUCUCCUGGAGUAGAACAAACUCAUGUUAAUCAAUAAAGCAUUGAAAAUGUCA